ACACACGUGACUUCAUUCAUGUUACAACUUCGUUGAAAGGGGAGUGAGUUGCAUGUGUAAGGACGUCAUUUUGUUUCCGUAUGUACGGUGUUCAAAGUGUCAACAAGACAAGGAAGGAACUCUGUUAUCUGAUGCGCAGCAUUAGUACCAUUCUCAAAGCAAUGAACUGGAGAACAUUGGAUGGGAAUUUAUGUAACCAGGCGUAGCAGAACUUGGUAUUAGUUGCUCACGCUACAGUGACAGUGACAGUGUGGAUAUUCAAGGUCUACUGUCUCAAAGAUGAGUGUUUGGAUGUUUGCCGGUGCGAUGACGGUGGUGGUAGUGCUAUGGACAGGGCCGGGCCUUGGUCUUAUUACACCCGCCGCAAUUCACACAAGCCCGCACUCCAACGUGACACCGGUCACAGUAGCCCCAGCCGAGAGAAUCAACUACACCUUGGUACUGACCAAUGAUGGCCCGGUCGUACUAGAUGCACAGCUGACCUUCACUGCCAGUCUUCUAGAUCACCAAGGGAAGAUCGCCCAAUCAAAACUGUUCCGCUACGACUGGAACAACAAUGCUGAUAAGAACUUCCACUCAACGAAAGGGGACUUUGUCGCGUCCUACAAUCGUCAAUUCCGCAGCGAUAGCACAAAGUCAGGACGAUGGGUUAUGACAGUGGCUGUGUAUGGUGGGAAGGAAUAUUCUGACAUGAUUAAUUUUGGCAGUAUGGAGUUUGCUCUGACAGAGUAUUUAAAUGGGAGGGUGCACGUAAACCAAACCUUGGAGUAUCAGAGACAGAGGGACACAUUUUCAACUGGAAAAGUGAUUCGACUUUACGCCAACCUCACAGACAAGUUUCCUGAUCGACCGGGUUACGAAUACUUCUGGUUCAAGGACAAUCAUUUCCUUAGGGCUACAGAAGAUCCUCAUUGUGAUUUGAAUGUUGCCAAAGAGGAGAAUUUCACGAUACACGCACAGGUUCAUGCAUUGUUUGAUCCUUUUCCUCCCCUUAUUUCUCGGGGGGAGAGAAACUUGAGGCCAUUGAACGCUGAGCCUUGUAGUGAAGGGACAUUUAGAACAGUCCACUCUCCAUUGUCAAGUAAGAAACCAAGACGAUAUUUUGAUAUCUCUGAGAAGUGUGGAAUUCUAUCACAGCGAGUUUCUGUUAAAGAGCCUCUGAAGACAAUUGAUGUCGAUGGUGACUUGAGUGCUGGAAUUGGACAGUACAUAUCGGUGAACAUAACGUGUAACGGAAGCUACCCUACCUCGGUGUGCUGGAAUGUGACGGCCCUCAACACCAGUGAGCCGUCUUCACCCACGUGUCCACCAGCAGAGUUCCUGAGUACCUGCAACCACCAGGUCAGCAUCAAACUGACUAACCUGGGAUGGAGCACUGUCCAGUUCACCGUCUACAACGAUGUCAGCUACAUGUCAUCCUCCUUCAACGUCUAUGCAUUCAAUCAAGAUUCUGUGAAUGUGCCUGCCCUCACCAUACCGAUUGUAUUCUGCACAAUUGGAAUUGUCAUCGUCAUAGUUGGCACAAUAUAUCUCAACAAGUUACGAAAAAAGCCAACCAUUGAAGUAGCCGAUUUUGAUUUCCAUCCAUCAAUGUCUACAGAAGGGGCCGGAAACUAUCUGUCUCGACUUGCCAACAAGAUGAAGCUGAUAUGGUUCAGGAACAAAUAUUCCAAGAAACACACCAAUCCAGAUUUCCAGGAAACAACAGCUAAACAGUAUGGUGCCACAGACGAUUAUGAGAGCUUAUAGAGUAUUUAUGCUAUGUCAGGAUAUGCAGCGUCACACAAAGAGUUCCUGCAAAAUUGUAAACAAGGGACUCUUGUAUCAUCAGCGUACCAGUGAUUCUUCCGUAGUGGAAGGAAACUAUGGUACUGAUCUGAAAGAGCAGUUUCAAUAUUUGCAAGAUCAAUAAAGCAAACAUAAAGACAUGAAACAUUUUGUGGAUGACAAUUUCUUUAUUGUUUGUCACAACAUUUCAGGGCUACUUCUUGCUGAUUAUGAGCUGAAAUGAAGUCUUCAUGAUGGACCCACUCCUAAAUGAUAAUCAAAGAUUUGAUGAAACGACAUUUUAGAAUUGGUGCUGUAGGUGAUCUUCAACAAUCCUUGGUUGUAUUGCAGGACCAGGCAAGAAGCCUGCUGUGCUGCUCUGAAAGUGCACUCCAAUGUUACAGAUGAAUGUAACAAAAACAUUGUUGCCUUGUGUCAUCACUGUUGCUGUUCUAGGAACCACGUCCUUAUGUAAAUAUGGAACAUACUCAUUGCAGUUAACUUUAUUAUCUCAUUUGUAUAUACUUUUGGCAUUGACAAAGGGUGAUUUGGUGGAUGAUAUCCAGUUGCUCUUCCAGUUGCUGCAAGUGCUUGACUGUCUGUGAUAUGACAUUGCAAUCUACCUGUCGGCCAGGGUCAGACGAUGCGUGGAAAUAUUUUUCUGUCUUUGAUGUGACAUUGCAAUCUACCUGUCGGCCAGGGUCAGACGAUGCGUGGAAGAUAUUUUUCUGUCUUUGAUGUGACAUUGCAAUCUACCUGUCGGCCAGGUUCAGACGAUGCGUGGAAGAUAUUUUUCUGUCUUUGAUGUGACAUUGCAAUCUACCUAUCGGCCAGGGUCAGACGAUGGGUGGAAGAUAUGUUUUCAUGGUCGUCGAUUUCUGUGAUGCCAAAAUAAGACAAAUGUUAUAAAUGUUGUAACCAUGGUAACACUAGGAUGAUUGUUGAUUGUGUAUUCCAUUUCCCCAUGCUCCAAAUAACCCGGUUUUAGCAGGGCCUCAGUUUCUCUCUUGCCCACCCACCUAUAGAAUGUAUUCAACGAUCUAUGCUAGACUCUGUUACACACUAACAUACUUUUUAACAAACAAAAAAAUCAGAGAUUCUCUGAUGUGAUUUUAAUUGUCCAAACUAUUGUCAUCAAUUAACCUGAUUUGAUAAAUCAUCAACCUUGCAACCUCUUUAUAUGCUACUAACUUUGCUAUGACAGUGAUUCGUAGUUGUAUGGAUGUCAUGGUGCAUGAAGAAAUUGUUAGACAACUCUUGGUACAAAAGUUAGAUAAUUCCUACUUAUUUUGAAACUGAAACAAUUUCUCAUGUUAGAUUUCACAUUUUUAUUUGUGUUGUUUGUUAUCAUUUGUCAAUAUCAUUUUACAAGUAUACUUUGUUGAAUAUCUUUUUAGCUUUAUGAUGUUAAUGUUCAAAUUGGAUGGGGCACUGAUGUUUUCAUACCAAGGUCCAUUGAACAAUGUACCCCCUGUAGCAGAAUAUGGUGUUUGUUGAAUGGAUAUUGUGAUCUUCAUAAAAGAGCACACCUGUUAAUACCAACAGAAAGGCAGCGGUUAUAUUCAGUAUAUAAAUCUAUUUAGGUCAGCAAGAGAGAGCUCUAUUCAAUUCAGUAUUCAUAAAUUCAGUUACUCAAUAUACUAUUUCCAUUUUUAUGUUUUGGCAUGGACCAACCAUAGUUUCCUGGAAACACUGUGGACAUAAAAGAAGAAAAAUCUUUAUUCAUAAGCUCAAUUACUAAAACAUAUCAGAUUGUUUUUUGUAGUGCACCCAUUUUCAAUAAUAUAUCAUACCUUUUUUGUGGACUUCUUGUAUGUGAAAACUUUUGUCGUUGAAGGAUAGGUCAAGAAAUGUUUGCUGUUGGUUUGAUAAGACCUAACAAAGCAGGUUGGUAUUUGUGUUUUAUCGUCUCAAAAGUUUUGUUAUGUUAGCUCUUAAUGCAUAAUGGUUUGUGCCUACCACACAUGUGACAUACCACAUUUUAAAAUGUGGUCACAUAUCUGAUGUAAAUAGACCAAUGUUAAUUUAUGUUUUUUAUUUGUCUCAUUUUUAAAUAUCCAGGGUACACUUUAUGUGUGUGCAGUACCAUGCACAGCAGUGUGGCCCACAACCCCUAAUGUUGAUACUCAGGACCAAUUGUGUUUUACAUGUGUCACUAGCUGGGUGAACACGAUUUUACUAUCUAUCACAUGAAACACUAUUAAAUGAUGAUUUCUGUACAUUCUCGCUGGUCAUCAUGUACAUUUUCUUUUCACAUGAUGACUAGUUAAUCAGACGGCUAGAUUCUAUUAUGAGUAAUAAUGAAACCCUUUUUAUGGAUCAGCCAACCCUAUUUUCAUCCAUAAAUAAAAAAAAAAAUAUCACACUUAUAUGUUUCUGCCCUCAAGCACACAAAAUAUUUAGAUUCAGAAAGUCGUUAAUUCUGAUAGUGUGUACAAUUUGAUAUGCAUAUUUUUUCUAAAUACAUCUGUCAUAGCUGAUCCCAUGCUUAAUCUAGGUUUAUGUCCUUUGUCCUUCAUACAGAAACGAUGCAUGUCAUCGUAUCUCUGUUGCAUGGAUCGAUGCUCAUGAUGUCAAUCACAGGAUUGUAUGGUCCAGACUCGAUUAUUUCCAGACGCCGUCAUAUAGCUGGAAUAUUGCUGAGUGCAGCGUUAAACAACAAACAAACAAAAAAACAAAUAAUACAGAAACGUUUAUGAAGUAAACUCCCUUAGUCUUUGUUCACUCCCAUAGAAAUUCAAUGGUACCUUGGCUGAAGCUGAUAUCAAGGUAGCAGAAAACAUUCUGUGAUCCAGCUACGGUAAUAAAAAUUAAUAAUGUCCUUACAAGUAAUAAACUUGUAACACGAUCCCACAGACAAAUCUGUAUGGGAAGAAUACUGCCGAAGGCUACAUUUUAUGUUGGUGAUCUAUAAAGCUUUAUAAAUCUGAACGAAUCACACAUGUAUGCUAGUCCUUGUGUGACAUGCAUGAUGUAUUGAUUUACAUGGAAGUGAAGACCAAAUACCAUAUAUUGUACAUGUGAUUGGAUACAGAUUGUAACAUAUCAACUGUGUAACAAGAUACACUUUUCCUUGGUUGAUGAUUAUGAUGAACAAUUAUCUAGGCACUAGCCAAGCCCAGCCAGUCCACAAUUUCAUGUUAUGCAACUACUCCACUCUGGCCUUUGAGGGGUGCAAGGAUCUGUUGGUUGUGGGUUCAAUCCCAGACCUGCCCUUAUUAUGAUCCUGUCUCUACUCUCCAGGGGUUUCUUCAAGGGGUAGUGUUAUGACCAGGGCUCGUUCCACAAAGCGAUUGUAACACUAUGACUGUCUUAAGUGUAUAUUAAAGUAUGGGAGUUACGAUUGUCUUCGUGCUACAAUCGCUUUGUGGAACGAGGCCCUGCACCUCUUUGGACUUCCCUCCUAUAUUUAGCUGGCCUAUUGCCCGAUAUUAAGUGUAAAAAUUUCGAAAAAUUAUUUCAUGGUAGGUGUCGCUAUUAAAUUAGCAGGCUUUUACAAAAUAAGCAGUGGAUUCACGAUAGACUAUACCCCCUUCAUUAAGAGUACAUAAUAAUAAUACUGCCUGAAUAUGUCUACAUGCAAUGAAUGAGUUGGUUGAACAUCACCACAUGAUAGCUUUGAGGGAAUUGUUUCACUAUGGUCUCAAUUAUGCUUUGUACAAUUCAUCUGACAAAAUUAUUAUUUUUUAAACAUUUAUAUGUUAUAAACGCUAUAUAAAGGCUGUAGUUAUGAAACAGUUAUUGUGCAUGUAUUGGAAAAUUACAUCUCAGAAGAUUUCUACUGAACAAGAGGAGCAUACACUUAACAUUAUUGUUAUGAUAUUUCAUUACAUCUUGAGUUGUCUCUGGACUUUUGCCAUUUCAGAUUCAGAUUGUUGUAUGUAUCUACAAUAGUUAUAUAUCUGCAAUAUAUACAACAAUCUGAAUCUGAAUCUGAAUCCUCCACAGACAAUUUGUAAAAUUCCUGAAAUUUACAGGCAAUUUACAGAAUCUCUUGGAAAUUUGGAGUACAUGUGACUGUGCCAGCAGAACUUUUCUUGGCAAUUAUAAUGUAAUUUUAAAAAGGAUAACAUAAAACAACUGCAAGAAAUAAUUAUCUGUGUUUUAAAAAGAAGCCAGUGUAGAAAUUAAUUACCUCAUAAGUGACAGGAGAUAUGGAGUUAUGACUGUUCGAAUGAUUUUAAGACUGCUUCAAAGUCAUUAAACUGAUUAAGUGACCUUUAAAAAUAUUGGCAUUUGUGAAGUUAAUUCACAGAAAGGUAUAUACCAUGAUAUAGAUAAUUAGUGCCCCUCCCAAAAAUAUACCCUUGCACACCCACACCUAUUGUCAGAGUUGUUUCAGUUGUACUACCUGACUUUUGAAUUAAUAAUAAUCUGAAUCCAAAGUAAUUAAUCCCAUUGGUUUGUUGUGGUUCAUUGAUAUGAUCAGCCAAUCUGUCAAAUGUACCAACUUUGUUUGAAGUUUGUAAAAUGUCUGAAGUGUUAAGGAAUAACUGCCCGAGUGAAUUAAGCAUUAUUAUCAUUUGUUUUCUGUAUGUGCUGUUACUUGUACCAGAGCUUAUUAUUUCUAUUAUGAUUGUGAUUUAUGAGUUAGCUGUUGAUGUUGGAUGACAAAAUUGACAUCUUCCCGAGGCAAGGGAGUUAACUGUCUGUAAAAGUUAAAAGACUGUAAAAGUCCAGUUUCUACCCUUGCCGAACUAGGCUGGACUUACAGUGGUGUGUUUUAACUGGACUAGUGCGUCUAUGCACAGUCUAAUUCAAAUCGUGUAAAGAACAUUCAGUUCAUAAACAACAUGGCGACUGCCGUGCAAAUUUUGGUCGAUUGCAGGAUUUGCAGAGCAUGUAUACCGCCAACUGGGUGUUGGAAGAAUCUUUUCAUGUUUUUGAUCAAGAUGCUCAAGUGAUUUGAUGCAUUUUGUAAGGUUAAAGGCCUGUUUUAUUACAAUUAAGAUUUUGAUUAUUGACUAGAUCGUCUUGACUGGGCACCGCAACUUU